AUGAAGAUUGAGAACAGCCUGCCCCGCCCCCAGCUCCCCGAGACCCCUCCCCAGACGGGCCUCCAGUUCACCGUGGCGACAGAGGAGGACUUUGAAGAGAUCAUGGCGAUGAGCCAGGACAUCUAUGGAGGGCUGGACUACCUGCCGACCCGCUACACCGCUUGGCUGUCCGAGUCCAACCGCACCGUCAUACUGGCCCGCAAGCAGGGCAAAGUGAUUGCCCUGGAGUCAGUGUGUGUGAUAGAUGACGGUGACACCAUGCUGGUGGAGGGGUUACGUGUGGCCCCCCAGGAGAGGGGGAAGGGCGUGGCAGGGGUGCUUCUGCGGUUCUGCUCUCAGCUGGUCAAGUCCAAGUGGCCUGAGGUGAAGGUGACCAGGCUGACCCGCGACGACCAGCUGGGGCCCAAGGACUUUCAGAAGUACCGCCUCAUCACCAAACAGGGCAUCCUGCUAGUUCGCUUCAAUGCCGAAGACCUCAAGCUCCGGCUCUCCGAACUGGGGCUGCAUGUGACCCUCCCUCCCUCCUCUGAGGGUACCCCCCAGGGUUCUGACACCCCCCUGGUUCCCCCGGUCCUUCUGGACCUCAACGAGGCCCACCAGAUGUUCCUCAACUCUGGCCUGAUGUCCGACGUACUCCCUAACGCUACCAUUGUCCAGGACUGGCAGCCGUUCAAGCCCCUACCCAGCAACAUGGCCAUUCUUCUGAAGAAGGACAUCGACUGGAUGGUGGACGACCGUGACGUCCCCGCCGUGGCCAGCCUCUGCACCCACCCCUUCCGGGUGCCCGGAGGUCCUUACCGAGUUGGUGACGACACGUACUACCUCAACAUCGACGUGUUCGGUAAGGACAUAGGCCUGGUGCUCCAGCAGUUCCUGAGUCACCUCCGGCGCCACACAGCCACCCUGAAGGGGUAUGUCAUGUGUCAGAUGUUUCUGGAUCCUCCCAUGUGGAAACCCAUGGUCGAAUUCUGUCGCCAGACACUGAAGGUGGAGCUGGUUAAGGAAUAUACAGAGCAGUGCGUGGUCGAGUCGGAUGUCAUGUAG